AUACUUAUAUAUAUAACACGUAACGUAACUUCCACCAUAUCAAAAAACUUCCGUUAUCUUUCCACUUUUUUUUUUUCCUCUCAAAAGCACCAAAAACUUUAAAACACUUUUUUCCCCUCUAUUCUUCUUCUUUAUUCAUACCAUUUUUUUUUUUUUAAAAAAUUAAUCAUCUUUUAUAUAUAUAAUUAAUUCAUAAAAUAAGCAAUUUUUUUGUUCUGUUUAAUAUGUUGAUCAACAACUUAUAGAUAAAAUAAAAUUUUAGUUUAUUUAGCUGUCGGUGUUGAAUAUGUUGUUGGUGCUUUUGGUGUUUGUGUGUGCAAUUUCUCCGGCGACGGCGACGGCGGUGCUGCCAUUAGAAAGAGCUUUUCCAACGAGUAAUGGUGGAGUUGAAUUGAGUCAACUCAAAGCACGUGACCGAGUUAGACAUGGAAGAAUGUUGCAACAGCAACAAUCUUUUAGUAAUGGAGUUGUUGAUUUCUCAGUUGAAGGCACUUAUGAUCCAUUUCUUGUUGGGCUGUACUUUACAAGAGUUAAGUUGGGUUCCCCUCCAAAAGAAUUCUAUGUACAGAUAGAUACGGGCAGUGAUGUGUUGUGGGUUAGUUGUGCUUCUUGUAAUGGUUGCCCAACAUCUAGUGGACUUCAGCAGAUUGAGUUAGAAUUCUUUGAUCCAUCAAGCUCGUCAACAGCUCAACCGGUCUCGUGUUCAGACCAACGAUGUUCUCUUGGAGAACAGUCUUCUGACUCUGGGUGUUCUACUCAAAAUCGGUGCGGUUAUACGUUCCAAUAUGGCGAUGGCAGUGGGACCUCGGGCUAUUAUGUAGCAGAUCUUAUGCACUUUGAUACAAUCGCGGGGAAUUCUUUGAUGACAAACUCGUCUGCUCAAGUUGCUUUCGGAUGUAGCACAUCACAGACGGGAGACCUAACUAAGCCCGACAGGGCAAUUGAUGGGAUCUUUGGAUUUGGACAGCAAGGCUUGUCGGUUAUCGCACAACUUUCCUCCCAAGGAGUGACCCCAAAUGUGUUUUCCCAUUGCUUGAAAGGAAGUAAUGGCGGAGGUGGUAUCUUGGUGCUAGGUCAGAUUGUGGAGCCAAAUUUAGUUUACACUCCACUUGUCCCAUCGCAGCCACAUUACAAUUUGAAUCUUCAGAGUAUUGCUCUCAACGGACAAACAUUGGCUAUUAGUCCACAAGUAUUUGAAACAUCAAGCAACAGGGGAACUAUAGUUGAUUCUGGAACGACUCUGGCAUAUCUUGCUGAAGAAGCUUAUGAAAUUUUUGUUAAUGCUAUCAGUCAGGCUGUUUCACAGAAUGUGCGCCCUCUCGUUGCUCGGGGAAAUCAGUGUUAUCUAACCACCUCCAGCGUCAGUGAUAUAUUUCCCAUGGUGAGUUUGAAUUUUGCUGGUGGUGCAACAAUGGUAUUAAGGGGUGAAGACUACCUUAUACAACAAAAUUCCAUUGGUGGUACCGCUGUCUGGUGUAUGGGCUUUCAGAAAAUUGCGGGCCAAGGAUUGACAAUUUUAGGAGACCUUGUUCUAAAAGACAAGAUCAUUGUUUACGAUUUGGCUGGACAACGGAUUGGAUGGGCCAAUUACGAUUGUAAGUCAUAUAGUGACCACUACAACACAUCAUACCGCUUACAGUUCGCAGCCUGUUAAUGUUUCGGCUACCACAAGCAGAGGGAAAACCGAAUAUGUCAAUGCAGGACAGUUCGGUAACAACAGUUCACCAUGCAACAACCCUCCAUACACGCUGUUAUUCAAAGUCAUUCUAACUUUUGCGUUGCAGGCGUUAGCGUUUGGCACUUACUACCCAUUCUUGUAACUGACUUAGGUAUAUGGUCGAAAUCAACUGCUAAAUUCUUUCUCAUUUUUGUAUAGCGCAUUGUCCUAUAGUUAUUUAUUUACCGCGGUCGAUAUUAGUUUUGUUGUUUGUUCAGACAAAUUUCCUAGUUUCCAGUUAUAGCAAAAUCAUGUAGUGAUUAAAUUUCUUGUAAAGUAGAUUUUGAACAUUUGAAGUGUAUUAUUACACAAUAUUAUCCAUACAAAGUUACAUUUGAUUUUGAAUGACAA